UGCUCACUCACUGUGAGAGUGGACUGGUCUGAGACUUUGACAGCCGGCCCGUUGCAGUCAGAUUGGAAUCUGUGAUCGGUGAUCUACUGCACAAACAGCUCCAGGGACAGAUACCCAGAGCAGAGCAGAGCCAGCAUUCCUGUGGUGGGGUCGGGGACAGCACGUAAUGGGAAACAGCCUUGUGAAACUACAAGAUUACUGCCAAUAUUUUUUUAAGUAUAAAGGUUGGAGAAGGGAUUUGAAGAUCUAAUCAGAUGAGAGAGAGAGCGAGAGAGAGAGAGAGAGAGAGAGAGAGAGAGAGAGAGAGAGAGAGAGAGAGAGAGCGCAAAUAAUCCACUGCCAGGCUCCAUCUUAGUGACUGCAGCUGGAGGAGAGAAGGAGAGACGAGGGGAGUCACCUGUAGAUGCUGCUCAGGAGACAGGACUUCAUUCUCAGUCUGAAGCCAGAACCCGUGAGGGUGAGCCAGUGAAGGAGGGAGGAGGCAGACAAGCCGAGAGCCGUGCGAUGAACAGUGAGGUCUGACUGAGGAAGAGGGGAAGCGAGAGACGAAGAGAGAGAGACGUAGUCCCGUAACUUCUAGCUGCAGUCUUGAUGGCAGCGUGGGGGCGUCGCCUCUCUGAUAACUCCCUGAUGGAGGGUUGGCCCGACUCUGGCUCUGUCUCCAGCUGUGUCUGCGGCUUCUUCCCUCUGUCCAAGAGCUCCUCGGCCAUGCUGCAGGGCCCUGCGAGCUCAGAGCAGCUCCUGGGAACCAGGGCCACCCUGCACAAGAGCCUGAGCUGCGCCGUGUGCCAUCAGCAAGGAGUGCUAGAGAGCAGCAGAGAGCCAACAGCAGCAGCACUGCUUCACCAGCAGAGAGAGCUGGAGAGCAGACAGCAACAACACUCUACGCCUCCUGAUGAGCAGGGGAGCAGCUCAGUAACUGUGAUCCACCAGCACUCCAGUGGUGCAGACUCGACUCCCCCUACAGUGCUGGAGGAGGUGUCGCAGGCCAACCUCAGUGAGUCAAGGGAGCAGGGGGGCGAUCGCCUGGGAAUGUCCCCCAAACCCCCAGUGCAGAGGAGCUGCUCUGACAAUCAUGGCACAGCAAGGGAGAAGCACCAACAGUUAGGGUUGGCAUUCAGCAGCCAGACCAGCAACGCUUGCCUGGGCCUGGGGCCCUGCCUUCGGAAAGGCCCAGGCUGCUCCACUGUGCUGUGCACAGACACCGGCCUGCUUCAGCGACAGGGCAGUGCUGAACCCUCUUGCAGGGGGGGCCCUGACAGCACCCCCCCCUCACAGAGCCCGGUGAUCUGUGUGGAGGGCAGCGAGGACAGCGAAGGCCUAGGACAAGGGGACAGGGGUGUCCACAUUCACAACCACACCCGCUGCAGGGACUCCUUCCUGGGUCACAGGUUCCAGGAUCCCUUCCCUGCCUACUGCCAAGCCUUGCCUCAGCUGCUCCCGCAUGUGCUCGGCUUGGACAGGGGGUGCUGCCCCCCCCACCUGUCCCCCAGCUCCUUGCCCUUCCCCCGACUCAUCUCAUCUAUCAGCGAGACUGGCCUUGACUCCCAUUGGCUGCGGCAGUGCUGCCCGGACCUUGGAGCUUCUGGCCAGGGGACUCCCGUCCCUUACCCCCUCCCAUGCCCCUUCCCAGUGCCCUCCUCCUCCUCCUACCACUACUGCCCCCUACAAGAGGGGGCGUGCCACUACAAGGCUGGGGGCCGGAGCACCAGGGACGUGGGGACCAUGACCUCAGCAGGGGACCUGCCAUCUCUGUGGCAACGGGACAUCGGGGUGCAGACUGGGGAAUCAAACUCUACUUACCCCUCUCACGCCUCUCACAGGGAUCAUGUGUACCCCCAGGUCAACCUCAACCAGCAGCAGGACUCAGUGAAGGGAAGAUCCCCACCGACUGAGGGGCAGGGGUCAGAGAGAGAGGGAGGGAGGGGAGGACAGGGACCAGAGAUGCAAGGAAGCAGGCAGGAUCAGGGCUCAGGGCAGGACUCGGGGCAGCGCUCCCCAGUGAAGGAGGUGGCCUGGGAUGCCGAGGGGAUGACCUGGGAGGUGUAUGGGGCCUCCGUGGACCCCGAGGUCCUGGGACUUGCCAUCCAGAAGCACCUGGAGCUGCAAAUCCAGGAGGCAGCCGGGCGAACCAGCAGACUGUCCCGGCAAAACACACAGGCCUCCCAGUGCUCCCAGCACUCCCAACACUCCCAGCAAAGGCGAAAGUGGGGGAGCGGCCCGGGGGGCAAGGGGUUGAUUGCCUUGCUUCGGAAUCCGGGCUGCUGCACUCGCUCCAACACAGCUGCAGACUGAGACACAUGUUGAAAUAUUGUCCCCUACAGUACAAACACACUCACUGCAACUCUUCAUACUUCAAUUGCUCUAUUGAUUGACCUACAGCAACCAGCUUGUACUCAGAACAAGAGUACUCUACUGCACCCCCGACGGCAAUUCUAACACUGAGCUGAGCUCACACUGCCCCCUACUGGACAUGCGCCGACAGAGACACAGGGAAACAAAUGAGGCCAUAACACUGUCAAUCACAUGUGGGGCCCAGGUGUUUGAACCGUUCCUGAGGGAAAGCUGACUAUUCCUCAGUGAUCACCACCCUCUAGUUCCUUCAGGGAAGUUAUAUUGCACUGUUUCUGGGCUGCUGAAUGGCCCAUUUUGGGACUUUGUUUUCGCUCCUGAGACCUCAGUAAUUUGUGUAAUAUAGAAACUAUCUCACAGUUCAUGAGAGAACCCUGCAAGAUGAGCAAACUGGAGCCGCAGCGUCUCUACAGCAUGUGUCGGAGAUGCUGUGAGGGACAGUCCGUCUACAAAUGAGAACCGGUCAGAGUUUGGGGAGUCGUUUCUCCAGGGCAAAGUUUGAAUGACCUGUACUGGGGUUGUCAAAGGAGUGCUAAUCAAGUGUUUGAAAGUCAUGUCCGUCCUUUUUAUUAGCACUCGCAAUACCAGCACUAGCCUCCUUUUCUUCUGCUGAAAAACUUUUGCUUAUUUGCUUGUGUUUUACACUUGAGUUUGAAAUAAGCAGACAACACUACAGGUGCUGCUUCCUGGUACCUUGUCACUAGUUUUGUCCAGCCAUAGUCAGACCAUGUGACCCACAGCAAAGUUGCCAGGAUGCAGCAGUGUAUCUGUAUUUGAAAUACUCAUGUCACCUAAAUCAUGAAUAAACACGCAAAGAGUUAAAAGAUUCUUAGCACAAUAAAAAGGGGGAAGGGCAAUAAGAAUGUUAGCACAGCCAAUAAGAGGUAAGAAAUGUGUCAACAGGGUCUUUAAUGUUGUGUGAGCAGACACACCCUGUGCCCUCUGCAUCACAGCACCUCCUGUGUGUCUGGAGGCUCAGAGCUGGCUCAGAGACUCUGUUUAAAUGCAAUAACACCCCCAGUCCCCGCCAAAACACAGUCAAUAUGGCUGCGCUGUCUGCGGUUCUUCGCAGCUGGGUGACUCUUUAAAACGAUGCUGUGUGAUGCUGCUUAACACUGGACCUCGUAAUAAUUUUAAUAUGUGUAUUGAAACCAGAGAGUCUGAGGCAAGCCUUUCAAGGGCAGGUCUGCUGGAUUAUUAAAAUCAUUAGAUUUUAGUCUUUUAGUAUCCAGUUUAACUGGGAAUUAUUAACACAGCCAGUACAGGUAAACUGGGAAUUAUUAACACAGCCAGUAUAGUCAAACUAGGAAUUCUUAACACCACCACUACAGUUAAACUGGUGAUCCACAUAGCAUUUCUAAACUGUUCAGACUGUAUUCCUGUGAAUUUGCUGCCAAACCUUCUUUUCCUUUAAGCCAGCACUGAUUUUGUCUUCAUAUAUCCAAGUAUUUUACU